AUGUCUGUCCCCACAUCCUCUACCCUCCAACCGGCAGAAAUCGGCUUCUCCCGGUCCAACUGGACCCAAUACCUCGCCUACCGACCGCUCUACCCACCCUCCUUCUACGAGCGCAUCUACACCUACCACGCCGCGAAGCCUCUAGCUAGCUGGACACACGUGCAUGACAACGGGACAGAUUGCGGCAUCGUAGCUUCCAGCCUGUCCUCCCGAUUCGCGCACGUCACAGCGUCCGAUCCGAACGAGAAAUACAUCGAUAUUGCGCGGAAAAUGUUGCUCGAAGGCCACCAAGGAAAAAGUGUCUCGGAGAUGGAGAAAAGAUUUACCUUCCUCCAGGAACCAGGGGAGAAGAGCUCGCUUGGUUCUAAGACGGUGGAUUUGGUUUCCUUCUGUGAAUGUGUGCAUUGGAUGGAUACUCGCACCUUUAUUAGCGAGGUCGCUGGGGAGUUGAAGGUCGGAGGUACAGAGUCUGGGAGGAGAUCCAAGCGAUCUGGAUGCGAACUAUUUGGCAGGAAGGACCGCCAGGAAGCACCUAGGAACGGAACUGAACUCUACGGUCUACGUGGGGAGUUGGAAGGGGCCCGAAUGGCCCUGGAUCGGGCGAAGCCAACCCCGAUCACGGUCUUCUCAGAUAGCCAGGCAGCUAUUCAAGCCGUGCGCAACCCUGGCCGGCCAUCAGGCCAGUACGCACUGCAGGCUAUCUAUGGGAGGAUUAGGGCCCUGAGGAACGAGGGCCUGAAAGAUGCUGAACUGCGUUGGAUCCCCGCUCACAUCGGGGUGGAAGGAAGCGAAAAGGCGGACAAGGCAGCCAAGGAGGCUGCGAUAAGAGGAGUUGAUAUAAGCUCAGUGAGGACGCGGGAUCGACCGAUUAUACGGCUCGCAGCUGCAGCUAAAAGAGAUGUCCGCCAACGCUUGCGUACGGAGUGGACA